GUGUCAAAUUUGUUGUAUGAAAUCAAGUUUUUGGUGGAAUGGUUUUCAGUUUACAAACAACAAGUGAUUGGAACAGACGUUUUCGAGUGGUUUUUCUUUUGUCGUUCGAACGUUUUUAUUUUCGUUUCAUUUUGUUUUGAUUUUUGAAUAGAGAAGUGCUUUUUGGUUGCGCGUAUCGACUGAAUUUUAAUAACGCGUGUCUGUGUGUACCGUGAUUUGGUGAAUUUUGGUUAAACAAUAAAUGAAACUUGUAGCUUGAAUGAAUACGGUGAACUGGUGUUACUGGUGAAAAUUUAAUUGAAAAUAUAAAACAAAAAGUUUAGACUAAAAACAAAAAUGACCGAACUUGCGGAUUUUUCGUUACAACAACAUAUUGCACACGAGAUUUAUCGUCAGCAAAUGAUGCAGAGAUUACCCGAUCCAUAUCCGACAAUGUUACCGGUACCGGCACCCCGACAAAUGCAAAUACCGCCAAGAUAUGGAAUGCCUCCAGGAUUACCGGGUGUGUCAGUUAAAUUACAAAAUGCCGAUCUUUGGAGUCAGUUCCAUCAAAUCGGAACGGAAAUGAUCAUCACGAAGAGUGGACGACGAAUGUUUCCAUCGUUACGUGCAUCCCUAUCCGGCUUGGAAGACGACGUAAGCUAUUGCGUCUUCCUGGAAAUGGUACCAACCGGCGAUUGUCGUUAUAAAUUUUCCGGUUCACAAUGGAUGCCAGCCGGUGGCGCCGAACCACAGAGUGCGCAACGGAUAUGCCUGCAUCCCGAUAGUCCCGCAUUGGGUUCACAUUGGUCGGCUCAGCCGGUGCUAUUCAAUAAAGUUAAAUUGACCAACAACACACUAGAUAGCAGUGGACACAUUGUCCUCACAAGCAUGCACAAAUAUCAGCCACGUUUGAUUGUCGUACGAACAACCGAUCCGAAUCAAGUCACUUGGUCACCGUUUCAAUCGUUCACCUUUCCCGAGACUGAAUUCGUUGCGGUAACAGCUUAUCAGAACGAUCGUAUCACCAAAUUGAAGAUCGACAAUAAUCCAUUUGCCAAAGGAUUCCGCGAGACCGGUCAAUCAAGAUGUAAACGAAAAUUGACACAAUCAACAUCGUCAUCUUCACUGUCGUCUGUGUCCUCAUCCGCAUCGUCGCCGCCGCCAUUGCCACCAACGACGACGAAUCGAAAAGCAUUGAAGGACACCGAUGCAACGUACGACGAACUAAAUGGCAAACGACGUCGACGAACGAACAGUUUCAACGGCUCAAUCGAUUCGAUCGAUGACUGUGAACAGUCAUUCAGCGAACGAUCCAGCGGAACCAGUUCACCGCCGUCCACCACAUCCGAAGACAUUCGAGUCGUUGACGAUGACGAUCAAGCUCGCAUUAUCCAACAACAGGAAAUGGUUUUGCAGCAGUUCCGCGAUCGCAUUCCCCAUCCAGCUUGGAUGGGCCUAGCAUUCUCAUAUCUAUCCCGGUCCGCGUAUCCAUCGUUUUAUCCACAAAAUCCGCAUCAUGAUUUUGUUGCAAUGGGCAGCCCGUCAAUGGCAUCGUUUCUGCAAACGCACACGAUCAACGAAAUGAAUCAGCAAAUAACGACAAUGGGUCUGAGUCCAGCCGCACUGUCGUCGGUGCAAAAUUUGACUAUAAAGCCGCGCAAAAAAUGUGGAUUUUCCAUAUCGGCAAUACUGGGCUGUGAGAGCUAGUGGUGUGAUUCAGUUCCAGUCAGUGUCCGGAGUGCAAAUUAUACUUGCAGUAAAUAAUCAUAGAACAAAAUGGGGCUGGCGUGGCAAGUGAAAAGUGAUCGGAAACGAGUGCUAUGAAUUGCUGUGAAUAUGGAGGACAUUUCUGUGCGUAAGUUGGUAAUGCCAUUAUUGUAAAAAAAAUGAAUUUGUUUAAAACAGAAACAAAAAGUGUUGAAAAAACGGUUGCAUGAAAGUGAUUCGAGUUUAAUUGGAAAGAAGAAACCGAGGCAAGGUAGAGCGAUAGGUAGGUGGAUGCGACUUUGAUUUCAACAUUGGCAGAGUAGCCCAGCAGGCUAGACGUAUCAGAUGUUCUCAUUUCUCGGCUUUCGAUCACAUUUUCCCCAAAUUUGUGUAGUUCCUGGAAAGAACUACAGCACUAAAUGUCCCUAUGUCCCUAUGCGUGCGAUUAAAUCAAUCGAUUCAGGAAUUUUAUCGCGUUUGACAAGUGGAUUGGGAGGUUCUCAUUUUUGUUUUUUUAUAAGGAAAGUUCCACAGAUGGUUAAAGCCUGUUAGGAAACCUCGGCUGAACUGCAGAGGCGCCACAAUUUCUUCAGUACUUCAUUCUUUACGCACUAUUUUCUGGUGAUAUAACUUCACUCGGGUGAAUUAUCCAUGAAAUGUCAUAGCAGUGAAGUUGGUUGGCAAGAAACUAGAGCGCUGACACUAGUAAUUCUAUGACGAAAUGUACUAGAAUUAUACGAAAAUCUAUUUACAUUUGAGCUUUAGUUUCCAAACCACAUUUCCCUAUGCAUACGCAACCUGUAUCAAAUUUUCUUACACUACAAUUGAUGUGUAACAUAGACGAAUUGAAUUUUGAAACCUCCCUGACGAUGCUCUAACCUACGUGUCGUUAUCGCACAAUACCAAACGCUCCAAUCUUCAUCUAAAAGAUUGGUUCGGUAAUACAGUUUUCCAAUUGAUUAAAUGAAGACGCUCGGUUUUAUCUUUUCGUUUUGUGUUGGUUUCAUGAUGACCUGCCCGAUCGACAAUCGGAAAUUUAGAAACGGAAGCUAAGCCAAUUUUAAAUGUAAAUUAUUUGUGAAUAUUUAAGUGAUUUAAGAGAUGUAUAUUUGUUGUUUAAAAAAAAAGCAAUUCAAAAUACGGUUUAACAUGAACAUGAACAUAAAUACAGAAAGUGCAAUUACAUUUAAGUAGAGAGAACCAACAAGUCGAUAGACUAACGAACAAUUUGUAAUGAUAAA